GACAAAUUAGGAAUGACAGGAAGUAUCUACCAAUUCAUCAACGGAAUCAACUUACUGUCAGUAUUCUUCUCAGCAAGAAUUGUGUUUGGUUUAUAUAUGUCUUAUCAGACAUACUUGAGUGUAAAGGCCGUGAUUGAUUGGGUUCCAUUGCACCUU